AAUAUUUAAAAAAAGAAAAACAAGUUAAUCGUCAUCUUUUUGGGUGGCCGGUUGGUGAUACUGAUGCCUGACGCCAUUGCCAGCUUUUGCUUUCUAGUUUUUUCACCGUUCCUCCAAACCCUACUUCUUCAACUCUCUCUCUCUCUCUCUCACACACACACACAUACACACAUUUCUUCUGCAAUUGUCCUUCAAUCCGUACUUGUUCAAAAUCGUGUAUUGUAAUUUGAAUUUUGAACGAAAUUGUUGGAGAAAAUGGCGAGCAAUAUCGGAAUGAUGGACAGUGCGUAUUUCGUCGGGAGAAACGAGCUUCUCUCAUGGAUCAAUGCUAGACUUCAACUCAAUCUCUCUCGUAUCGAAGAAGCUGCUUCAGGUGCUGUGCAGUGUCAGAUGAUGGAUAUGACAUAUCCAGGGACUGUUCCUAUGCACAAGGUUAACUUUGAUGCAAGGACAGAAUAUGAUAUGAUCCAAAACUACAAAGUGCUGCAAGAUGUAUUUAACAAACUCAAAAUUGAUAAGCAUAUUGAAGUAAAUAGGCUAGUGAAGGGUCGACCGUUGGACAACUUGGAGUUUCUGCAAUGGUUGAAGCGAUAUUGUGACUCUGUAAAUGGUGGCAUCAUGAAUGAGAAUUAUAAUCCUGUGGAACGUCGAAGUAAGGUAUGUAAAGAACGUGGUGUAAAAGCAUCUCAGAAGAAUUCAAAAUCUCUGCAAACAAACAACGCCCAGAAUCCUGGUUCAGGGGACAAAUUGAACAUUCCCAAAAUGUCAGGGACUAAGCAAAAACCAAGUGCAGUAGCAAUUGAGUCUGAUUGUUCAGAGGAAAUCCAAGCUUUGUCAAAUGAGAUUACCGAGCUGAAGGUAUCUGUGGAUCUUUUAGAGAAAGAAAGAGAUUACUAUUUUGCAAAAUUACGGGAUAUCGAGAUCCUUUGUCAGGCUCCCGAACUAGAACAUAUUCCGAUGGUUGUGGCAGUUAAGAAGGUCCUUUAUGCUGCGGAUGAGGAGUCUGCACUUGCUGAGGCUCAACAAAUUAUAGCUGCCAAUCAAUGAAUGAGAGUUGACCAAAAGUGAAACAUGAUGGUGAUGAUGAUGGAGAAAAUCUUCAUGUCAUUUAAUUUCAUAUGUAAGAUUAAGUUAUCAAAGUGUCCAUGUCUGAUUACAGGUAAUGUAGAUUAUGUUGUGUUGGAGUUUAAUGGUCUUGGUUAAACGUUUCACACUACUUUUCCUAACUUGUGCCAAGUGUGCACUGUUGUUUAGUUGUAACUUUCGAGUUUUGUUUUUCUGUCCUUUCAUCCUUAUUUCAAUUUUAUUGGUUU